UCCGGUACGGUGACAAUACGCGUCGCUCUUUUCCAAGGAUCCUCGGUAGCGAAGUAGAAGAUUGUUUUGCCACGAGCUGGUGUGGGGUUAAGGAAAUGUGGUGUACUUAAACAUGCGGGGAGCCUGUGAAGUAGGCGUCCAGCCAUCCAGUAGUUUAAGUAUCUCAGCCCCCUCGCUGUACCUGCCAUAUAUCAUUAGACUUCCUCAAGCAGCUUAUUUUUAACCGCAUUCCACUUAUGUCUCCUGCAAUCAUGCCGCAGGCAGACCAGACAGCGCCUGCCAAUGGUCACGUCAAUGGCACUCAAGUCGAACAGAGCGUGCCAAAUCCCGUCUACUUGACCACUGAGCCAAAGGAGGAUUUUGACUGGAAAAUCACCCUCAGGGGCAAAGUGAUCGCCAUCACUGGCGCAAACAGAGGCAUCGGUCUGGGACUUGCAACGGUAUGCCUUGCAAACGACGCUGCAGAGAUAUAUUCGCUCGACCUCUUUGAACCGGGCGAGGAUUUCCAGGCGCUUCAAAAGGCGAACCCCAAGCGUGUGCACUACCUGCACUGCGAUGUCACGUCCGAGGAAAGCGUCAACAAGGCGGUUGACCAGAUUGUAGCUGAGUCGGGCCGCAUAGAUGGCAUGAUUGCCAACGCGGGAAUGACCAAGCAUCAGCCAGCGCUGAACUUUGACCGCCCUCAGCUAGAGCAGCUAUUCAACCUCAACGUGUUCGGCGCUUAUUUUUGCGCGACGGCAGCAGCGAAGAAGUUCAUUGAGCUGGGAAUAAAGGGGUCGAUUGUCUUCACUGCAUCCAUGACUUCGUACCGGCCGAACAGGGCAGCACCGUCGGCGCCAUAUGGAGGGACCAAGGGCGCUGUUCGCAACAUGGCGCACACGCUAGCCAUGGAGUGGGCGAAGCAUGGGAUUCGUGUCAAUUCCAUUUCGCCCGGUUUCGUGCGAACGCAGAUGACGUACUAUGUUGAGAAGGCGCCUGACUGGAAUCUGAAGAUGCAAUAUUAUGGCGGCAUGCCGAGACUGGCUGAUCCUCGCGAACUUGGCGGAGCCUACGUAUAUCUGCUCUCCGACGGGGCCAGUUAUACCACCGGCAUUGACAUCCCCGUGGCAGGCAUUGUCGGGGCAUGGUAAUAGAGGUGACUGUGGCUGUUCAUUUGUACGCGUUUCGUUUGUUUCAUGAUAAUACUGCAUUGGGUGGAGUCUGUGUGAUAGAUGACCGGCCUUUCGGCUGUGACGAUGAAUGAAUUUCCAUUGCGUUUUAAAAAGAGAAUAUGUAUGUUGGGGUGUGUGUGUGUGUGUGUGCACAGGUGAUAUUGGGGUUGGUGGAGAAGUGAGGGUUGGAGUUGGAGUGAGGGCAUCAUCCAUUGCACGGAAGGAGCUCCCGCGACAGACGGCAGGCGAGACAGAGACAAAUGAGUCAGCCUCCUGCGG